UCCACCAGGCGGCGCUACGACGGGGGACACGCGCUUCUUACCGACCGACACUGAUCAACGUCACGGACAUUUAAACGGUGUGUCGGUGAGCUGCAGCCUGUCGGUGAAUCUGAACUGUUAAACAGAGGAGGACACCCUCCGCCCUCCAUCCUCCACCUGUCUGUCAGGUCACUAUGGCGGACAUCAAGAACUUCCUGUACGCCUGGUGUGGAAAAAAGAAGCUGACUCCGAACUACGACAUCCGAGCUGCGGGGAACAAGAACAGGCAGAAGUUCCUGUGUGAGGUCCGCGUCGAUGGCUUCAACUACACCGGGAUGGGCAACUCCACCAACAAGAAGGACGCUCAGAGCAACGCCGCCAGGGACUUUGUCAACUACCUGGUCCGAAUCGGUGAAAUGAAAGCGGCCGAGGUCCCGGCGCUGGGGGUGAGCGCUCCAGACGCAGACCAGCAUGACGGAGGAGGAGGUGGAGGAGGUGGAGGAGGAGGAGGAGGAGGAGGUUUUGGAAGCCUGCCUUCCAGCGGUCCUCUGCCGCCUCACCUCGUGGUCAAAGCUGAGAAAGGAGAGGACAGCAGCGGGCCGGUACCAGGAGUGACUGGACUCGGCUACUCAGGAGGAGCAGGAGGAGGCUCUGGGUGGGGAGGAGCAGGAGGAGAAGCUCAGUGGGACCGAGGAGCCAACCUGAAGGAGUACUACGCCCGGAGAGACGAGCAGGAAGCUCAGGCGACGCUGGAGUCCGAGGAGGUCGACCUCAACGCUAAUCUCCACGGUAACUGGACGCUGGAGAACGCCAAAGCCCGUCUGAACCAGUUCUUCCAGAAGGAGAAAACCAGCGCUGAGUAUAAAUACAGCCAAGUGGGACCGGACCACAACAGGAGCUUCAUAGCCGAGAUGCAGCUGUUCGUGAGGCAGCUCGGCAGACGGAUCACGGCUCGUGAGCACGGCUCCAACAAGAAGCUCGCGGCUCAGUCGUGCGCUCUGUCUCUGGUCCGGCAGCUUUACCACCUGGGAGUGAUGGAGGCGUACUCAGGAGUGACCAAGAAGAAGGAAGGAGAGACCUUGGAGCCGUUUGACGUCAACGUGUCUCCGGACCUGCAGCAGCAGCUGGCCGCUGUCGUCCAGGAGCUCGGAGUCCACGUCCCCCCACCGCCUGAAGACCCGAGCAGCUCGGUGUCUCUGGUUCAGGGGAAGAUGGCGGUGUUUGAGCCGUCACAGCGGCAGAGCGGAGCCGGUGUCGUCCCGUGGUCGCCUCCGCAGGUCAACUGGAACCCGUGGACGAGCAGCAACAUCGACGAGGGACCGCUGGCCUUCUGCACUCCGGAGCAGAUCAGCGGCGAGCUGCACGGCGAGCUGAUGUACCAGCUGGAACAUGACGACAACCUGCAGAAGAUCCUGAUGGACCGUGAGCAGCUGCCCGUCAAACAGUUUGAGGACGAGAUCAUGGCCGCCGUCGACAACAACCCCGUGGUGAUCAUCCGAGGAGCGACAGGCUGCGGUAAAACCACCCAGGUUCCUCAGUACAUCCUGGACCGCUUCGUCAAAGGAGGCAAGGCGUCCGACUGCAACAUCGUCGUCACCCAGCCCAGAAGGAUCAGCGCCGUGUCGGUGGCCGAGCGAGUCGGCUACGAGAGAGGAGAGGAUCUUGGGAAAAGCUGCGGCUACAGCGUCCGCUUCGAGUCCAUCCUCCCCCGACCGCACGCCAGCAUCCUCUUCUGCACCGUCGGCGUUUUGCUGCGGAAGCUGGAAGCAGGGAUUCGAGGCAUCAGUCACGUUAUCGUGGACGAGAUCCACGAGAGAGACAUCAACACGGACUUCCUGAUGGUGGUCCUCAGAGACGUGGUCCAGGCCUACCCAGAAGUCCGUGUCAUCCUCAUGUCAGCCACCAUCGACACCACCAUGUUCAGAGAAUACUUCUUCAAUUGCCCCAUCAUCGAGGUGUUCGGACGCACCUUCCCCGUCCAAGAGUAUUUCCUGGAGGACUGUAUCCAGAUGACGAACUUUGUGCCUCCACCGAUGGACCGUAAGAAGAAAGACAAAGACGAGGACGGAGGAGAGGACGAUACUAACUGUAACGUGAUCUGCGGGCCGGAGUACACGGCAGAGACAAAGCGUUCGAUGGCUCAGAUCAACGAGAAGGAGACGUCCUUCGAGCUGGUGGAGGCUCUGCUCAGGUACAUCGAGACGCUGCAGGUGGCUGGAGCCGUGCUCGUCUUCCUGCCGGGCUGGAACCUCAUCUACUCCAUGCAGAGACACCUGGAGACCAACCCGCACUUUGGAAGUAACCGGUACCGGAUCCUGCCGCUGCACUCGCAGAUCCCCCGUGAGGAGCAGAGGAGGGUGUUUGAACCGGUGCCUGAUGACAUCAGAAAGGUGAUUCUGUCCACCAACAUCGCGGAGACGAGCAUCACCAUCAACGACGUCGUCUACGUCAUCGACUCCUGCAAGCAGAAGGUGAAGCUCUUCACCUCCCACAACAACAUGACCAACUACGCCACCGUCUGGGCCUCCAAGACCAACCUGGAGCAGAGGAAGGGCCGAGCGGGCAGAGUCCGACCCGGCUUCUGCUUCCACCUCUGCAGCCACGCUCGCUUUGAGAGGCUGGAGACUCACAUGACUCCAGAGAUCUUCAGGACGCCGCUGCACGAAGUCGCUCUGAGCAUCAAACUGCUCCGACUUGGAGCCAUCGGACACUUCCUGUCCAAGGCCAUCGAGCCACCGCCGCUGGACGCCGUCAUCGAGGCCGAACACACUCUGAGAGAGCUGGACGCUCUCGACACCAACGACGAGCUCACCCCUCUGGGUCGGAUUCUGGCCCGGCUGCCCAUCGAGCCUCGCCUGGGGAAGAUGAUGAUCAUGGGCUGCAUCUUCCACGUCGGAGACGCCAUGUGCACCAUCUCUGCCGCCUCGUGCUUCCCGGAGCCGUUCGUCAGCGAGGGCAAACGUCUCGGCUUCGUCCACAGAAACUUUGCCGGCAGCCGCUUCUCGGACCACGUGGCUCUGCUGUCUGUGUUCCAGGCCUGGGACGACGUCAGGAUUAACGGCGAGGACGCUGAGACUCGUUUCUGUGAGCACAAACGUCUGAACAUGUCGACGCUCAGGAUGACGUGGGAGGCCAAAGUCCAGCUGAAGGAGAUCCUGGUCAACACGGGGUUUCCUGAAGAGUGUCUGAUGACUCAGAUGUUCAACACGGUGGGACCUGACAACAGCCUGGACGUGGUGGUGUCUCUGCUGACCUUCGGCUCGUACCCGAAUGUCUGCUACCACAAAGAGAAGAGGAAGAUCCUGACGACGGAGGGACGCAACGCCCUCAUCCACAAGUCCUCGGUUAACUGCCCGUUCAGCAGCCACGACAUGACCUACCCGUCCCCGUUCUUCGUCUUCAGCGAGAAGAUCCGGACCAGAGCGAUCUCGGCUAAAGGGAUGACUCUGGUCAGUCCUCUGCAGCUGCUGCUGUUUGCCUGCAAGAAGAUCAGCUCCAACGGGGACAUCGUGGAGCUCGACGACUGGAUCAAACUGAGGAUCCCUCACGAGGUGGCGGGCGGCGUGGCGGCUCUGCGGGCCGGACUCGAGGCUCUGGUGGUGGAGGUGACCAAAGACCCGGAAUACAUCCGACAGAUGGACCAGACCAACGAGCGGCUCCUGAACCUCAUCAGGCUCGUCUCCAAACCAUCGUCAGCCGGACUCAACAUGAUGGCCAGCAACCAGAGGAUGGGAGACGGUCCUCGACCUCCAAAGAUGGGACGCUUCGACGGAGGAGGAGGCUACCAGGGAGGUGGAGGAGGCUACCGAGGAGGAGGAGGAGGCGGAGGAGGAUAUAGGGGAGGAGGAGGAUAUGGAGGAGGUGGAGGAUAUGGAGGAGGUGGAGGCUACAGAGGUUACAGAGGUGGAGGAGGAUACAGAGGAGGAUAUGGAGGAGGUGGAGGAGGCUACAGAGGAGGAGGAUAUGGAGGCGGUGGGGCUUACAGAGGAGGUGGAGGUGGAGGAGGAGGAGGAUAUGGAGGAGGUGGGGCUUACAGAGGAGGAGGAGGUGGAGGGUACAGAGGAGGUUAUUAACGUGGUUUGUUUGACAGAAAUAAUUUGUUUGUGUGAUGAAAUGUUUUUUCUUCAAGUCGUCGUUUGUUUGAUCAUUGAACGUGUCGUAAAUAAAUAAAUAAAUAAAUGUUCUGAAAAAACUGAAA